GGCCAUGCAGAGGAAUUUGCUCAGCAUCUGUUGCAUAAAAUCACUCGGAUCCAUUCACAGCUGGACGCUGGCUUUGCUGCAGUAUCUCAUCGGACUCCAGCUCAAACUGCGGUUGCAGCAGGGUUUGGCCUGCUGCCUUUCUUUCCAAACCAGCAUGUAACUGGGCAAGCAGUGCCAAGGCAAAAUAACACCCAAGAGAAGUUGCCGUCAUCCCUGGGACUGACAGAAGGCACUGGCCCAGCAUCUCAAGCAUAUCUACAGAGCUUAACAAAUGUUGCUGCGGGAGGUCUACAGGGAGGACAUCUCCAGCAACAGAGCCCGCCAAAGAGUACUGACUCCAGCAUGGGUAGUUCUUCCAAAAAUCAAACCUCUCUACUCGGAGAACCGCCUAAGGAAAUACACCUUAGCACAAAUCCCUACUUGAACUUGGCAAGUGUCCUGCCUUCUGUGUGUCUUUCAGGAGCAGUCACCAACAAAGCCAAUAAUACUAAGCCGCAAUCUGUAGUUUCAAGUAACUCAGUCAACAGUGCAAGUGCUCAGGGAAACACAUCACAGCAAGCAGUGGAAAACUCUUUUAACUAUUCACGACAGUAUAGUGAUUACACACAGGAUCCAGUCCCGCCGUGGUAUCAGCAGUAUGCUCAGGCUUAUCAUACCAUUCAAACUAAAGUAGGAGACUUAGAAAACAGUGGCUCAGAUGAAUCUAAUAGAGGAGUUUAUGGUGAUUAUAAUACCUAUUUACAGGUUAUGCCUUCAUACUAUGCUGCAGCCCAAGGAUUCUUCCAUCCAAGCGUCUUGCCGUUUACACCUCAAAACCCCCUGAAGAUGACUCCAGUAAAAAAUGAGAAGAGGAGCUCUUCAUACCUCGUCACAAAUCCAGAAGACAGCCCAGUGGAAUAUGUUGGCCCACAUACUCAGGGCUCGGGAGUGCAUUAUACAGAAUUGUACCUUAAAAGAAAACGUGUCUAUUAAGAUUUCUAUCUAAUCUGAAAUCAAAGUCACUUUUUGUGGCAUUCUUGUCACCAUUAUCUUUUAAUAUAUAUUGUAGAUGAUCAAUGCAAUAGUAUUGCAGAAAUUAGUUUUUAUAAGGAAACUUGGUAUGGGAAAGACCCUCUCUUCUUCCAGACUAAUUUUUGUUUGUUUGUUUGGGAUAACAGUAAUAUGUUUUAAAGGAAUAGCAAUGUUAUGGUUUGACAAGUUCUUUCAAAGCAGUGAAAUAACAGAACUUUCCUACUAGCUUGUUGAGAAGUUGCAAUGAUACCCUUAAAAAGCAAUGAUCCUGGUCAGCGAUAUUACAAGAAACCUCUUUGAGGACUUAAGGUUCUUGAUUGCAGAGUAUUCAUUAUUGAUUCUAUCUUGUUUCACAGUAAUAAUAAUACACCAUUAUUGAGAUGAUUGGGUUUAGACUGAAUACAACAUUCAAAUGUAAAUAAAAUUAGGCAACUCUUCUAGCAGCAGGCUAGGAAAAUGUCAAUAUACACGUCUUGUUGAUAACAACAUUGCUGAAGUAUAAAGCUGGUAAUAUAAGUACGUGUGACAAAGUUUCUGUGGAAAUGAAGGACUGAUACUAGUCUUGCAUUUGUAGAUGGUGGCCUUUAGGGCUAUAAGUUCUAAAUCUAGAGGCAAUAUUUAAAUAUAUUUUCAACAUUGGUGUGUGUGAAUAUAUAUUUAAUAUCCAGUUGGAGCUGAAUUUAUUACAGUCACUUGCAUUUAACUUGAAUGUGGUUUCCAGAUUGUAUUUACAGACACCUGAUUUAUCUCACUUCCAACUUGGAAACUUUUUUGUCGCACUUUAUUAUUUUUGACAAUUUGUAGAGAUGCUCACCACAAGUAAUACUUUAUACAUACAUGAAAUGCUUCUGUUG